AUCUAAUUCUCUAUUUUUCUUAUUCUAGUUAGAAUGAAAAGUCAUGAAGAAAUAGUCAUGGACAUUCUCAAUAGACUAUCUGUGAAGUCUCUUACUCGAUUCAAGUGUGUUUCAAAAUUUUGGAAUAACAUAAUCUCCCAACCUUAUUUUAAGAAAAUGCAUCUCAAUACUCAUGUCAACCACCACAAUUCCCCCAAAAAAUUCCUUAUUGAUCAAUACGAAUGCUUUCACAUGAGUACCACUUUUAACGUCUAUUCAUUUUCUUUAUCCAACUCCGCCCCACAACUUAUUAAGGAUAUACGCAGACUUGAUACCCCUACAAGCUUUGAACCAAAAUGGGGUAGAGUCUAUUGUUGUUGUGAUGGUUUGUUUUUCAUCGGGGUUUGGAGAGAACUUGAUGAGGGCAGACACCCUUCCUUAUUAUUGCUAUGGAAUCCAUCCACAGGAGAGUCGGUGAAACUUCCCACUCAAUAUCCUCAAUCGUCACCAAAGCAACAUCUUUAUGGAAUAGGAUACGACCCUACUAGUGAUGACUAUAAAAUCAUUAGGAUUGACUGGAACAAAAAUGUACCCGAUGAAAUUUUGGCACUUAAAAGUGGUUCUUGGAGGAAAAUUGGCGAAUACGCAGGGGGGAUAAAUGGCGUUCAUUGGACGAGUCCAAUGAAAUUAUGUUUGGCAUUUGUAGAGGGAGCAUUUCAUUGGCUCGGCAGGGAAAAGGAUUGUGUGGUUUCAUUUAACAUUUCGAAUGAGAUAUACGGAGAGAUACCAUUGCCAGUGACACCGUAUUCCAAUAGAAUCGAAGAAAAGAGAGUGUCAGCAGUGGGAAGAAGAGUAUAUUAUCAUCAUGAUGACGAAAUAAAUUUCAAUUUAUGGGUCAUGAAAGAUUAUGGCAUGAAAGAAUCUUGGACAAAAUUGUUCAGCAUACAAAGUCAUGGGGAAGGUAUUAUGGCACCAAUAUAUAGAUUUUCAAAUGAUGAAGUGCUACUUAGCUGCUAUGGUUUGAAAGGAAGUAUAUACAAGACAUCCAAUGGAUCAAGCAAUCGAACGUGGCCUCUACAUUUGAAUGAUAUUAGUGAUUUGAAGAGGACAAUAGAUGGCUUUGUUUAUACAGAAAGUUUGAUCUCUCCAAAAUUAGAUAACAUCUAAAUAUUGACGGUAAACUGAAGUAAUUAUUCAUGCUAUUGGCUUGACAACUUGAACCUUUACAAUUCAUGCAGUUGAGAAGAGAGAAAUAGCGAUGGAUCUCCUACAACAACCAAAUGAAGAUGGAAGCAAUAAUGCAGCAAAACUAGUUGAGAAGAGAGAAAUUGCAGUUGUUCAAGCAACAGGGUCAAUAGAAAAUAACAGAUAUGGCAUAUGCAAAGAGGUUAACAUAGAAAUAUGUGCGAUGGACUGUCGAAAGAGGGACUUUUCUCAGAUACAAACAAUAAAAGUGAAGCAAUUGGAGGAUAAAAUGGCACACAUUAGAGAGCUAGAUAAGCAAAUUUCAGCAAAGGUUGAAAAAUUGAAGAAGAUGGACAAGGAAAAUACAACGCUGAAAAGGCAACUUCAAAAAGCAGAAGAAGAGAUUGCCAA